GUGCGACUUGACAGCAGUCCAUGCAAGUCCAUGGCGAUUCACGAUUCUACAAAGGUCUGCUCCGUCUGUCUGGAUCUGUCAAGAGGGAUUCACGCGAGUUCGACAACCAGCUGCGACCCGAGUGUCACAUAUCACAUUGAAGAUGUUAUCAAUUCACUGAAACGUCGUGGAUCGACCAAAAAUGUCAGAGUCCGCAGACAAUCAAGUCGAACAGUGCGACAUAGUCCUUCCAAGACAAGGUCUAUUAUAUCAGGAGGACACGUUGGAUUAUAUACUCUGUAAACCGAAAUUGAUUCCAUUAAAAUCGGUCACUUUAGAGAAACUUGAGAAAAUGCAAAGGGAUGCAGAAAUCAAAGUCAGAGAAGCACAAGAGGCAGAAACCAGUCUCGAUAUAAAUGCAUAA